AUGGAAAAAGAUAUAGCCCAGUCCUUGUGCGUACUCGACAACACGGAAGAUGAUUCUGACAAAGAACAGGAAAACCACAACGUAGUUGGCUUUGAAGUACGCCGGCCACUGUAUCCUGGCAUUGUGGACUCUGGGGUAUCCAGAAAUUACCAGUCUCCGAUGGACGACGAUAGCGUUGGCCAGGAAGAAGCUGAACAGCAGGAGCUGCAAAACGAAACUAAUGAUAGCUAUGACCUUGCCGGUUGUGUGCAGACUGUCACUCAUGUACUGUAG